AUGGCAAGGCUGAGGAUAUUUUACCUGCUCCUCUUUUAUUCCCAACUAAGUCAGGGGAUCAAAGUGGAUAGCCCCGGAAAGGAAGGAGUUUCGAGCAGUACCACAACUCCUCCUGUUUAUAGGGUAUCUAAACCCGAACCCAAGCAGCAUGAGAACAGAGUUCCUCCCCAUCUGCAGGACAUAAGACCUGGCUAUGUGGACGAUGAUGCGGGGGAUGUGAUCAGGAUUAUUGAGCCUCCUCAGCAUUUUCAGCAGCUGAAGCGACUGCGGCAGAGGCAACCCUCCAAUCCUCCUGUGGUCUGGGAGCAGCCUAGAAAACUGGCCACCAAUAGGGUUAAGAUUAUACCUCAAGGAGACCUGCUUACCCAGGAAACGCAGCUACAAGGCGGCCCCAAUCAGCUGCAAAUACCCAUGGAAAUCCUGGCCUCUGUAAGAAAAACAGAGCGUUUAUUGCAAAGACAGAGGCAAAAGUUACCUUUAGUAAGACAACGUCAUAUCCAGAGGAAAAGUCAUACCUUAAUAGCCCAAAAAACCCUCGAACAGCAGAUCUACCAUCGUGGCCAACAGCAAAGGCUAAGAGCAGUUUUGAGUCGCAAUCAAGAGCACAAGAGGAGUAAGAGAAAUAGGAGGAGUGUCUUAGAGGAAAAAAAAGAACCAUACGAUGUGCAAAAGGGUCUGAAAUUGGUGGCCCACAUAGGAGAUCUUUUAAAAAAUGCCACGCAGUAUUUACCCGACGACGAGGUCACCAACGAGGUGAAGAGGUCACCUGCAAUCACCUGCGGCAAUGCAACCAACUGCGAUGCCAAUCGGCGACGUCGCCAAAGACUUUUUAAGCAGCAAGCCAAGUCAGCAGAGCGGGAAAAAUUAAAGGAGAGGCGGCGGUUCAACUUCCGGAACGAGGCAGCCACGACAAUAACAACUACUGGCAAAUCGGUGUUUUCAAGUGCCAAUUCGGUGGCGGAAACUUCCGCAACUCCGCUGGCCAGUCGCCUGGUGAAUUCACGCAAAUCCAAAUCGCCAAAUAACAACCGCAACUUGGGCCGUCGCGAUGACUCCAUACUCUAUGCGGAUGUUAUGACGAAUAUACGCAAUUUGUGGCAGGAGCAUGAUCUUUCAGCGGGUCCAAAGUUUGUUGCACCUGGCGAGGUGGCCAACAACACGGAUUAUCGCGCCUUGGAUGUGUAUCUCAAGGAGCUGGAUGAUCUGGCCAAAAAGUUACCCACAGCGGUUCCCAUUACAGGUUUGAAUAAAGAGGAACUGCAGAGGCCCACGCCCACUCCCAGUUGGUAUCUCAUCAAUUCGGAGGGAGGAAUCUUCGAGACCCGCCUGGAUAGUCAAACCAAACCCUCCUCAUCGUUAUUCCAUCGAUUCCCCGACAUGCCCAACCAAAAUCAGAGUGUGUCCACAUUGGACCUGGAGUAA